CGACAGGAAAAUCUUAAAACGUAAAAGUACGCAUCAAAUACUCGUCUGCGUUUUGACCAAAAUUAGGCUGUUCCUGGGCAACUAUUCUUGACUAAUUUAUCAAAAUCGUGUAAAUUAGCGCAGGUUUUAUCUACGCCUUCCCUAUUCGCGGCCAGCAGUAGUCAAAGUAAAAUUCAUCAAACUGGAUAAAAUGUCUCGUUAUCGUGAGUGGGACCUGCAGUGCAAGGUUUACGUAGGUAACCUGGGCUCGUCUGCGUCGAAGCACGAGAUCGAAAGCGCGUUUGGCAAAUACGGCCCAUUGCGGAAUGUUUGGGUCGCUCGCAAUCCACCCGGAUUCGCCUUUGUAGAAUUUGAGGAUAAACGUGAUGCCGAAGAUGCGGUUCGUUCGCUUGAUGGAACACGGUGCUGUGGCACGCGUAUCCGCGUUGAGAUGUCGUCCGGUAGAUCGCGACGGGACGAACGUACCCGCAGACCUCGCCGCUCCUACAGAUCCCGAUCGCCCCGUCGCUCCAGGUCGCGCAGCCGCAGCAUGAGCCGUGAACGUGAUCGCGAUCGCCGAAGCCGCAGUGGAUCCCGCGAUCGCCGCUAAGGCGUAAAGUGUGUGUAUGCCGCGGGGGGAGAGAGCGGGUGGAAUUGUAGGUGACCAAGGCGGUAUACAAGUAAGCAGGGUAGGAAGGAAAAGUGUGGAGCAUAUUGACAUGCGUAACGGUUGGACAAGAAGAACCAUUCGUACGUUGUCUUUCAUCUAUAUAUAUGUAUAUUUUUUCUUUACUCGCAACUUUUCUUCAUUGCAUAACAGAAUUAGCGAACAGGCGGAGGAUUAUCAGGAGGGGGAUGGAAGGAAGGAUAAGCUUAGUACCGAUCAACAUUUGACCAUACAAAGGCAACUCCACGUAGUGUGUAGCAAGGCAGGCAAGAAAAGUGUAGUCGUGGAUUAAAAAGUGAGUUAGAAGGGCAGCAUGCGAACUCGCCAGGAUGUAGUUGACAUAGUAUUUAGUGUCCCUCUGCAGUAAUCGAUGGGGCUUCUCUUGCCCGGUGCCGAUCGCGCUGCGUUUAUGGUUAGUGAACAAUUUUUACCUCCCCAAGGAUCGGCAGGAUCGGUAGGAUUGUGAACUUUCACCAGGCGCGGUAGUGUGUGAAAGUGGCGAAGCAAAGGUGUAGGAAAAGGUUUUCUUUUUAAUUAUUGGAACUGAAUUCCCCAAAGUAGGGGGAAGAGCAUUUUUUUUUCUUUUAAAAGUUUGUCCACCAUUCUUCUCGAAAUCACCUACCGCCAACCACCCUCCUCCCCUCGGGACAUCCAAGUUUUCUUGCGGAACGCAGUAAAUUCUCUACAUGGACAGUGUCAUCCGUAAUCGUAUCGUAAGUCGAUGGCGCGAACUUGUAACACACUUUCUUCGCGGCACUUGAUAAGUAUUUCUUCACGGUGUUGUGUGUCCUCUGCAGGACGGACACAAACCAACAACAAUGGCGCAGUUCGAGUAGCGUGUUAGUGUGUUGUGCGUGUGCGUGUGUGCGAAACUCCGGAACUAGUUUUCAGUUUACCAGUCGAAUUCGUGAUGCAUUAACACCACACUCCUUUAUUAUCCUUUUUUUUUUUUUACUUGGAGGAGCAGAAACGAAACAAAACGUAAAAAACUUAUUUAGCUGUAGUACCUUAACGUAAUGAUACUUGAUGAUAAAUAGACGGUACGCGAAGUACAAAAGAA